AUGCUCUCGAUCUUUCUGAAAAGUUUACUUUUGAUUGUUGGGUCAAUAGGAGGCCUUGUAGGGCUUGGGAUAGGCAUUGUGAAGGCCAUAGAUUACAUUGAGGACAAAGCAUAUGCUGCAAAGAAGCAUAUAGAAUCGAUAAUACAGAUAUCAGCAGGGCUUCAUAUCAUUCUCCUACUAAGGGGUGUUUCCAUAUUUCAAAUACUUUUCAGCCUGUCGGUACAAUAUGCAUUUUAUUGUCUCCUGGAUAUCUAUCCUCUUGUAAAGAUGGAUAACCCAUACUUCAUAUAUGGGACGAUUGCCUCGCUUCUCAAUCAUUUUCUUGUCAUAAGGUUGUUGUUCUCUAAGCCUGGUAUAUAUGGAGCAGAGAUUGUGCUCUACUUUGCACUCGUAUGGACCACCCCGUUUUGCUUUUUCUUAAGCCUAAGUGCAAACGAUGAAGUCCUGUUUGUUAGGGGAAAAGCAUCUCCAAACACAAUGAUCGGAAAUUUUUUAAAGAAAUAUCUUUACAAAGAAAAGAAAUAA